AUGAUGGCGGCCGCCUGGCGCGCGCUGCUGCUGCUGCUGCUGGGGCCCUGGGGGGGCUCGCGCGCCGCGCUGCCCCCGGCCCCGCCCCAGGACGCCGAGUUCACGUUCCUGCUGCCGGCCGGGCGGCGCGAGUGCUUCUACCAGGGCGCGCCGGGCAACGGCUCCAUGGAGGCCGAGUACCAGGUUAUCGGUGGUGCGGGCCUGGACAUCGACUUCUCCCUGGAGAGCCCCUCGGGCGUGCUGCUGAUCAACGAAUACCGGAAAUCGGACGGGGUGCACACCAUUGAGCCCACGGAAGCAGGUGACUACAAACUCUGCUUUGAUAACUCCUUCAGCACUAUCUCGGAGAAGCUGGUUUUCUUCGAGCUCAUCUUCGACAGCCCCCAGGAGGACGAGGACGGGGAUAACUGGGCUGAGGUGGUGGAGCCGGAGGAGAUGCUGGAUAUGAAGAUAGAAGAUAUUAAGGAAUCCAUUGAGACCAUGAAGAACCGUUUGGAGCGGAGCAUCCAGAUGCAGACGCUGCUGCGAGCCUUCGAAGCCAGAGACCGCAACCUGCAGGAGAGCAACAUGAGCCGUGUCAACUUCUGGUCAGCCGUUAACCUGGGGGUGCUGGUGGUGGUGGCCUUCCUCCAGGUCUACAUGCUGAAGAGCCUCUUCGAAGACAAGAGGCACGUCCGAACGUAG